CAGAAAAAAUGGCAGCUGUUGACAUCGACGUGCCGGUGGACACAGACCCUCAAAUCUACAGUCCAGAGGACAUGGAGCGUCAGGCUGAAGGCUUCAAAGAACAAGGAAAUGCUUACUACAGCAAGAAGGAUUACUCUGAGGCUUUCAACUACUAUACUAAGGCCAUAGAUGCAAGUCCCAAAACUGCCAGUUAUUAUGGCAACAGGGCGGCCACCCUCAUGAUGCUCUGUCGCUUUCGUGAGGCCCUGGAAGAUUCCCAGCAGGCUGUGCGGCUGGAUGACUGUUUCAUGAAGGGUCAUUUACGUGAGGGCAAGUGCCACCUGUCGUUGGGAAAUGCCAUGGCUGCCAGUCGCUGCUUUCAGAAGGUUUUGGAGCUGGAGCCCAGCAACAGAGAAGCUCAGCAGGAGAAUAAGACUGCAGCGAUGCUACUGGAAUACGAACGAAUGGCAGAUUUUGGCUUUGAAAAGCGGGACUUCAGAAAGGUGGUGUACUGCAUGGACCGAGCCUUAGCUGUGGCUUCUGCCUGCCACCGCUUUAAAAUCCUCAAGGCCGAGUGUCUGGCUCUGCUGGGACGCUAUCCUGAAGCCCAGUCUGUAGCAAGUGAUAUCCUGCGAAUGGAUUCCACAAAUGCAGAUGCACUCUACGUCCGAGGCCUGUGUCUCUACUACGAGGACUGCAUCGAUAAAGCUGUACAGUUCUUUGUCCAGGCUCUGCGCAUGGCACCUGACCACGAAAAGGCCCGGCUCGCUUGCAGGAAUGCCAAAGCCUUGAAAGCCAAGAAGGAGGAGGGCAACCUGGCAUUUAAGAGCUGCAACUAUGAAGCCGCCUACCAGCUGUAUACUGAGGCCCUGACGAUAGACCCCAACAACAUCAAGACCAACGCUAAACUCUACUGCAACAGAGCCACGGCAGGAGCAAAGCUGCAGAAACUUGAACAAGCCAUUGGAGACUGCACCAGCGCAAUCAAACUAGAUGACACUUACAUCAAGGCCUACUUAAGAAGAGCUCAGUGUUACAUGACCACAGAGCAGUAUGAGGAGGCUGUACGGGACUAUGAAAAAGUUUAUCAGACAGAAAAAACAUCAGAUCACAAGCAUCUGCUGAAGACGGCGCAGCUGGAGCUGAAGAAGAGCAAGAGGAAAGAUUACUACAAGGUGCUGGGGGUCGGCAAGAACGCCACCGAGGACGAGAUCAAAAAAGCCUAUCGCAAACGGGCCCUUAUGCACCACCCAGACCGCCACAGCGCAGCGACUCCAGAGGUGCAGAAGGAGGAGGAAAAGAAAUUCAAAGAGGUGGGUGAGGCCUUCACUGUGCUCUCUGACCCAAAGAAGAAGAUCCGCUAUGACAAUGGACACGACCUGGAAGAUGACUGCUCCUUCGACGGCGGAGAUUUUGAUGCAAACAACAUCUUCAGGGCUUUCUUUGGCGGCCACGGAGGAGGAGGAGGAUUUAGUUUUGAUUCGAGUCCAGACUCUGGACCUGGAAAUUUCUUUUUCCAGUUUGGCUAAAGUGAAGGAGCAUGAAUGCAGCCCUGCAGUGGACAAAUUUAAGUUGGACCCACAGUCAGCUCCUGAUGCUCAUACUUCUGAGUAUCUGGCAAAAUCUCCCCACUAUUCUUGAGUUUCCUGAUUAUUGCAUUCACUCCUAAAUUGACUUCUCAUAUUGAUGCUAAAAACAGUAGUAAAGAGAAUCCAGAGACCUUAAGUUGUGAAUUAACGUUGUAAAUAUGGAAGUGCUUAAAAGGUCUUUUUUUAAAGAGGGUUGGAUCAACUGAUCAGAGCAUGCCCCUUUUGCCAAAAUCAAAACGAUUAAGCUAAAAUCUUGUAAAACUGCCUCAACCCUCAUAACGGUGACCAGUGGAAGAGUAAGCAUCAUGGUUGAUUAGUUUUAGAAGACGCAACAUGGCAUAGGUUUUAAGGUUUCCCUGGGACAGCAUGUCUCCGUAGAGCAAGAGCCAAUUUACUGUGGAAGUUCAAUGUUAAACUGACCUCAGGACAGUCUGUUUAGGACAACGCUGGCCUCUUGCAGGCGUGUGUCCGGGUUUUAUUGGCUCACUUGCCAAAUGCAGAAUCGUCGUGCAGGGUUUUUCUUUCUUCUCCAUGCUGCAUUGUAUAUUUGACUCGAAUGUAAAGCGUUUUGUGUCCAUAAAUAUUUUUCUUCUGUGAACUUCUCUUCUAGCAGCAAACCUCCACAGCACAUUCCUACAUCUCUGGUUGUUGGUGACUCCAUUGUAAGAUAUAUUAAAUCAAAAACUACAGUAACUCAUUGCAUACCAGGUGCUAAAGUUGCUGAGGUCAUCCUAGAGCUCUCGUCACUAUUCGGCAAAAACCCAUAAAUCCAUAAUGUUAAUAUUCAUGUUUCUUAUAAAUGACACCGCCAAGCAGCAGUCUGAAAUUUUUAAGAAAGACUUUAACCAUCUGUGGAAAGUCUGUCUUCAUCUCAGGCCCUCUCCUCUCGCUGGGCCGAGGCAUCAGACGUUUCAUUCAGCGACUGGCUCUGCAUACGCGGUUGCAGUGAGUCUGUCUGUCACACAGUUUGUCUUUUAUCGGCAGUUUUGAUCUCUUUUGGGAAAGAGACAGUAAUUACCCCAGCUUCCAUGGCACUGAAGCACUUUUGGCUAAUAAUUUUCAUGCAGUUACAACAUGACCACGUCACUGACUGACUGACUGACACCAACUCCACAACACCGUCAUCCGACACACUGGUCACUGAUUGCUCUUCUUCGUCCCCUUUACCUCCUCUAUGUACCACUAGCUCCCCCUACAGCUCAAAUAAUUCAUGUGACAUUUCAGAGAGCCACUCAACCAUCCCAUUUAUAAUAAAUAAUAGACCACGCAAAGACUUUUAUAUCCGAGUUAAUUUGUCCAAUCUACACCCACUGCCAUACGAACUUCAGGCUGUUUUCGGCCACUCUGGUACCUUGUGAAAGCUGGCUGUUUUUAAUGUGCGUUCUUUGACAAACAAGUAAUUUUUAAUAAAUGACUUUAUCACCUUA